AAACAACAUGUCGUGAAGAUCAUAAUCUUUUUCAUGCUGUAGAUGGCAUGCUGUUGAUCGCUGGCUGCCUAUAUCAAAUGCCCUCCCCGACAGAGUGCUACAGUCUUUACUCAUCAGAUCAUCACCUACAAACAUGCGGCUUCUUCUCACGCUAGCACUGCUCGCUUGGGCAAAUGCCCUUGCUGAUGCCCGAGGGGAAUACCUGGAGCGUUACGACACCGAUUCAAUCGACUGCCAUGAUUCCAACAAAAACCACGAACAGAGAGGAGUCAGCGCUCUCUGGGAUGACGACGUUUGCCCACACUCUUCCGCCGUCUGGAAUGACGAGACACGCGACCAUGGGCUAGUCAAACGCUUGCGACAAUGGGUCCGACGGGCGGACGCUACCACCGACGCUGCCGCCGCCCAGGCGACAGAAGACGAUUCCAAGGAAUCCGACGCCGAAACGAAAGACGCAGCCGAGACAAAAGAUGCAGAGACCAAGGAAGAGACAAAGGCCGCGGAAACGACCCAAGACAAACCGACCGAAGCCGAAAAAACUACAGAAGUGAAGGAGACAAAGGAGCCCGAGACGACGCAAAAAGAAGAGACCAAGGAGGAGUCGACGGUUGAGCAGCCGACCGUGCCAUCCGUCACCGUACCAUCUGCAACGCUGCCAACGCAGACUCUCCCCACAGAAACAGAGUCUGAAGAUUCGGCAACGACCGAACCCUCAUCGAGCGAUGAACAGACCGAGACUUCAUACAUUAGCAGCGACCAAGUCACAUACUCGACAUAUUCCAGCGAAAAGAUUGGCGCAUCAUGCUUCAGCACAACAGUCGAGCAUACAACAUUCUGCUCCACGCGAACACGCAACGGCAACAUUGAAACCCACGGCUGCACCCCCGCAAACAUAACAUCCAGCGCCUGCGCCCCAGGCUUGAUGUGCACGACCCACCCUGAUUCUGGUAAUGAUGUGUGCAUGAAGCUGCACAACGAAGUCGGCACAGCGGGUAUCGUCAUCGCUAGCAUUUUUGGCUUCCUUGGUGCUGCGUGCACUUUGACAAUGGUGUUUAUUUGUUAUAGUGAUAAGAGGGCCGCGGCAAAGUUUAAGAAUAGACGUCCGCCUAAGACGAGUGAGAGUACGAGGCUUUUGGCAAAGGCUCCGACGCCUCCGACGCCGCCUGCUUUGGGACACUAAAAUGUGGACGAUGGAAUUGUUGUCAAUUUAUGGGUUGGACUUUGGACAUUUAAGGAUAUUUCGAAUUUGUGCGAGGUUCUAUGAGCUAUAGAUACUGAGAGGGAUUGGUUUAGUUUGCAAACAAGGUAUCAUGGGACAA